AUGGUCUCAACCGCGAUGGAAAACCCGUAUGAACAAGUUCAAGUCAACAUUCUCUCAAGAAUAGUUGGAAACAUCGAAAAAUUAAACCAGAGCGUGACUACGCUCAAUCAAGAGCUAGAUAGCAUCAAUACGAAAAACCGCAACUUGGAGAUAAUGGGCCAAAUAUGCGAAAACUAUCACAAUAGUAUUCAGUUCAAUCUAAAUGCAACGGGCAACAGAAAGCCUCCUCUGUGA